ACACUUCUCUCAGUUUGUUUCCAACUUCUGAUGCUCAGAAAAACGAUUGAUAAACGCACAGCAGAUCGAUGUUUGGACUCCAACAUGUUUUUCGUCGGUUCACGGAUCAUUUAGGAGUAAACGGAGAGUUUGGUCCUUUGCGCGGCUGUGAGGGCGCACUGCGGGCCUUCCUUUAGCCAGCGGGGGCGACACACCGAGACCGAUGACAACGGAACGCUGGUUGAUUUCUCAGAGGGGUUGAGCUUCAGCCGCAGCCAUGGGCCGGAAGCUGGACCUGUCGGGUCUAACAGACAGCGAGGCCGAACAUGUGCUGCAGGUGGUGCAGAGAGACAUGAAGCUCCGCAAGAAGGAGGAGGAGCGACUCAGUGAACUGAAGCAGGAGCUGGAUGAGGAGGGCAGUCGCUGCCUCCUGCUGUCACGGCAGAGUUGCUUCAACCAGCGCUGCUGCAUCCGCUGCUGCUCGCCCUUCACCUUCCUGCUCAACCCCAAGCGCCAGUGCCGGGACUGCCACUACAACGUCUGCAAGGCCUGCCGGGUCUACAACAAGCAGGACAAAGCCUGGCUCUGCUCCGCCUGCCAGAAGAGCAGGUUGUUGAAGACCCAGUCGUUGGAGUGGUUCUACACUAAUGUGAAGAAACGCUUCAAGAGGUUUGGCAGCGCCAAAGUGCUGAAGACUCUCUACAGGAAACACCUGGCCGAGCACAGUGCACUGUCAGAGCUUACUGAGGGCAGCGCCUACGAGGAGAGCAUCUGCAAUGAGGGCAGCGUCUGUGGGAGCGACUCAGCUUUCUACAGACAAACUGAAGGUAAAGAUAGGUCCCACUCUGCUUUCUCACUGCUGGACAAUGACCCUCCUGGUCUGAUACAAGACUCCUCACAGGCGCUGAAGAAGGACGGCGGAGGGUCGACGAUGACCACUUGGAAGAGUGUAGACCGGCUGGACAACGCUGGUGUGUCCUCAGUGCUGAAGAGCGUAGAUGGGAACUGGAUCGCCCUGCAGAGCGCCCAGCUGUCUCGUCCCAGCCUGCUCACCAAAAGGAAAAGUCAGGUGUACAGUGCCUUGGAGCGGGAGUCUGGAGUGGUGUCUGCCUACGAAGGUCUGGGCUCUGACAACGAAACCAAACCAGAGCCUGACAGCUCCUGGGGUGCCGUCCUCCAGGAGAUCCACAGAAAGAUGACAGACUCCAACUUCAACCCGCACGACACCGGCGACAGAAUCCCGUCGUCGCUGACUGGCCGCCGAGGCAGCAGGAACGACGUGCUUUCAGACAGCGAGGGGAACUGGAAGCCUAAUAAACCUCUGUUGGCUCUUUUAAAGCGGAAGGUGCCUGCAGAGAUCAGGAGACCUUCAUCAUCCCGGAGGACCAGCAUCAUUGAUGUCAACUUUAAUGUGGAAGUAGCAGGAGGAGCAGAGGAGGAGGAGGAGGAGGAGGAGGAGGAGGAGAUGAAGGUGGCUGCAGAGCCAGAGGUUGGAAAAGUCAGAAGGAAGAAGAGGAGGAGCAGAAAAGAGCCAGCAGCUGCUUCCUGUGUAUCGGAUUUAAACAGAAACGACAACCGUACCAUCCAUCCUGAAGAUGCUGGGACCCCUGACACUCUGACCUCUGGAUCCAUGACCCCUGAACCUUCUGACCGUGACAGUGACCUCGCCAUAAACCAGGUGGACGAGGAGCUCAUGUUAAACCUACAACAGCCUGCAGGCCGAUUUUCUGACUCGUCCGCUAGAGAAGAGGAGCUGGAUGAAGACAGAGAUGCUGGUAGCGAUGGAGAGAUGGAGCAAAGCAUGGACAGACAGGAAGAGGACGAGAGCUUGUGGAAGAUGGAGACUGAUUUGGACAGAGGAAGAACAGAAGAUGAGGAAGAGAAUGAAACAGAUGAUGAAGAGGUGAAAUACAGAUUGUACAGGCUUGUUGCACAGUCCAGACUCACGUACUUCUCGUCUACUGAUGAUGAGCUGGACAGGGCGGGCCAGAGUGAAGGAGAAUGGGACAAAGAUGAAGAUAUGGAAGAGGAGGACGAAAAGGCAGAAAGACUCACUUAUAAACUCUGUCAGUUGGAAAGAGAAGUCAGAGCCACACAGUUCUCAUCCACAGAGGACGAGCUGGACAGGAUUGGCGUCGAAGAGGGGGAACAUGCAGAGGAUGGGGAGGAGGAGCUGGCUGUGAAAGUGUGCAGAUUAGCUAAUCAAGUCAAUGCUACUCAGUUUUCAUCCACAGAGGAUGAAUUAGACAGAGCAGGCAGAGGCGAAGACGGAGCGGAGGAGAUAGACGAAGAGACGCUGUGGAAACUGCAGGCAAAAAAAACAGUCCAGGCAGCUCAACUGCGCGAUUUGGCAAGUUUAGUCAGCGCCUCUCAGUUUUCCUCCACUGAGGAUGAGUUAGAUAGAGUUGGAGAGGAUGAGGGAGAAAUAGAGCAGGAGGUGGAAGAUGGAGGAACUGAGAGCAGAGCUGAGGGAGGAGUGGAGAGGAGAGAGUCCUUCGGAGACAUAGAUGUGAACAUGUUUGAUUUGUGGGAUGAAAUUGAGGAGAGAAAAAAAGAGGGCAGCGAAGAAGAAGUAACAAAUGAGAAUGUUCUGAGCAGUGAGACAAAGGCUGAGGAUGUGGAACAUGAUGAAUGUGAGGUGGUGGAAAGUAAACAUGGCACUGAGGUGAAUGUAGCAGAGGAUGACAAAAUAGCAAGGGGGCACUUGUGUGACGAAAAAGUUUUGAAAGGAGACGAAGCUGGAAAAGAAAAAGUGGAAAGAGAAGAGUUAAAAACAGGAGUGGAAGUGGAGAGAAUGAACAAGAUGAAAGUUUUACAUGAAGCAAAUGUUCAGCAAGAGAAUCAGCCAGAGGCAGCGAGGGCAGAUGACGAGGAAGGAGAGGAAAAGUCUCAGAAGAAAAGCAAAGAGAGUGUGGGGGAAAAGGAAACGGCAGCAGACAGCGAUGAAGAAGACGCAGAAUUUAGCAGAAUCAUCAGCAGCAUGCUGAUGAUGACUUUGGAGGACAUGCAGGUAGAAACAACAAAGGAUCAAGCUGGAGAAAACAGAGGGAGACACAGAGAGCUACAGGAUGAGAUUCAUAGGAUGGGAAGAGAGAGCGGAUUCAGAGAAAAGACCACUGAUGCACAAAGUACAGACGCCUCAGAGGAGACGGAAGGUGUUUCAAAGGAGCUUCAGAGUUUUAACAAGAAGUCAGAGUCAGUGGUGCAAAAACGACCAGGGGAGAAUGUAAGUGAGGAAACUGGAGGAGAUAUCUCAGGAAAACUGGAGUCAGACAUCCCAGGCAGAAAUGAAAAUGUGCAGGUAGAAAGACAAACAAGUUUGGUGAAAGAAAAACCUGCAGUCGCGACAAUCGAAGACACGUUUGAGACAAACGAGGCUACAUGUGAAAGAACUGAAGCGGACGACGAGGACCAACAGGAUGGAAGAAGAACAACGGUAACGGAGACACAAGGAGACACCAGAGACUGUGAGGAGAAAGAUUUGGAUGGAGGAGUUGAGGAAACCAAAGACGACAUGGAGCUGAGCAGCACUUCUUCUCCUCAGACGGGUUUACUGACGCCAGAGGAGAUUCAAAGUAGAUACUCGGCCGUGUCUCUGCGCAGCAUCACCACCGAGGUGUUGAAGGUACUGAACGCCACUGAGGAGCUGCUGCAGGGAGUGGAGGGAGGAGACAAUGGCCGACUGUCCGCCAGCUCACUGCCGCCCAACACUGACCCCAAGAAACUGGACCAGCAGUUCUCCAGACUGGAGGAAAAUGUGUACGUGGCGGCUGGUUCAGUGUUCAGUCUGGAGGCGGAGCUGAGCGACCUGGAGGAAUGUGCCAGGGGAAUCUGCAGCUCCACGUCCGAUAUGGAGUUGUCCUUCCUGGAGGAGCAGGUGGCAGCAGCAGCUGCCAAAGUUCAACAGUCUGAGCUGCAGAUAUCUGACAUCUCAGCAAGAAUUGCUGCUUUGAGGAGUGCCGGCCUCAAUGUGGACGCACAGUCACGCUUCACUAAGACCAAAACUCUUCCAGUUAUGCCUGUUACCCUGGACUCCUCAAGACAGCUAAGAAGGCGACUACCUGCACCACCAGUGAAAGAAGACAAGGAAACCUAAAUCACUGAACCAGGAUCUUUUGCAGUACCUCCAACACAGCAGUGCCUUGACCCCGUCACUCUGCAGCCUGCAGGCCAGUCUUAAGCAAUCCAUUCACACACCAUUUGCCUUAAUAUAGUUUUAAACUAAACAUGCCUCAAAUAUCAAUAUGGGACACUAGUACUGUAUGUGUAUUCUAAGUUGUAUGUCACAGAUAAUGCAGGAAAUGGUUGUUUCUUGUGUCGUCCUGUCAGAAAAAUAUCAUCGAUAAAAGUGGUGAAAUAAAUACAUUACACACCAGUGUACAAAAAAUCCAAUGUUUUAAUUAGAAUACUUUUUAUAGGCUUCAUUUUAACACUGUUGUCCAUUUUAAAGGGAUAUUUUGGUUUCUUUGUAGUGGGGUUCAAUGAGGUACUUAACCAGCCAGUCAUGUCUGGCACCACCUCUUUUUUGAAGCAGCAGAAGACUGCUCUGAACAGGAUCAGCAGCAAAACGCAUUUUAACUACUGCUGUCAGACAGCCCUUUCCUUUUGUUCUACAUUUUAUUAACUCUAGAACUUCUGUAUUCCUACACUGAAGCACACCCGUUCAAUGCAUUGUAUUUUCUCUGUAAGUGACACGGUGGAUCCAGUGUGACUACAGGGCGCGACAUGUAGAAAUAUGGAAGUUCUAACAAGAUGUAGUGUCAAAAGAAAAGGGCUGUCUGAUGACAACAACUUCCAUCCAUUCAUUAUCUAUACACCACUU